AUGGCCUACAUGCACUUCUCCUGGUCCGACUCUUUCCAAGCCGCCUUCUCCUCUUGCUUGCCUUGCCUCAAGAUCGACGCCCCUUCUGACACCGAGGACAACGGUGAGGCUCACGGGCGCGGCGGCGCCCACCGCCAUGCGCUCCUCGCGAGCGGCAUCAUCCCCCCCUCUCGCGCCCGCCCAGACGAGCUCGAGGGCCUGCUCGCGGACGCCUCUGACGACGCCGAGACGCUCUCACUGCAUUCGAACAUUGGCGACCGCCGGCGCAAGGGCAAGGGCAGCCGGAAGAAAUGGCGCCGCGGCGCGCCCAAGCAAAUUCGGGUCUUCGGCUAUGACCUGUUCGGGCGCCCGCCCGCGAUUCAGCUGCCCGAGUCGGACAACGAGGACGGGGGCGAGGGGCGCAGCGAGCGUUCGAGGACGAUCUCGACGGAUACGCUUGACUCGGACGCGGCGCCGCUCGAUGUGGCGGCCAUUGAGGAGAUGAGUGCGGCGAGACAUACGGAGGCGGUGGCGCGCGAGGAAGAGGAGAGAAGGGCGAAGGAGGAGAGGAGGCGGAGGAGGAGGGAGAAGCGGGAGCUCAAGCGGGCGGCGAUGGCGCGAGCAUUGGAGCAGCAGACUAACGGGGACGAGGAGUUCGAAGGCUUUCAGGGAAGCGGCCCAGUAUACGGUAUCGACGGGCCCUUCUCCCCCAGCCUUGGCUCAGGGUCAGGCUCGAUGUCCGUCUCGGAUUCGCAAGACUUCGGCCCCUUCGCUCAAGGCCAGCUCUCACAGCCCUUCGACGCCGACGCCGCCCUUGAGGAAGAGGCCGAAGCCGAAGGUGACGGGGCCGACUUCGGUGCGGAGUCAUACACGCGCCGUCCACGACGGAGCACAAUCACCGGCGGGCGCAGUGGCACUAGCGAGACACGCUCAACCUCGACCGGGACGGGCUCCAACUCGCAGCAGUACCAGUACGCGGGCGUCGCGCCAUAUAACCACCAGUUCAUCGCGCAGCAGCCGAUCCCGCAUUCCCCGCUCUCACCUGCGUCGGAAGUCGCACCGCCUUCGCCCUUGUCAAGCACGAACGGCGCGCGGAAGCACCGGCGCAAGUCUACGCGGCCGAAGUCGCACUCCGUUUCUGUCUCUAACUCAGGCUCGUCUGCGUCUGCGACGGCCUCACAGACAGCCUCGCUCGUCUCCCCUGGCGGUUCUGAGCCUCCCGCUGCCGCGGGCCCGCGCGUGUUCACUCCCGGCCAUGCACCUCGUCUGUCUCUAGCGCCCGUGCCACGGGGCGCGGAGGACGAGUUUGAGGGCAUUCCAGGCGACUUCGGCGUCCAGGAGCUGCAGAUGGACGCAGGUGCGGUCGAGCAAAAGGGCGACGGCGGGCAUGUGCCCGUGGCAUCAUUCCCAAGCGUGGGCCUGCGCGGAAUCCAGCGGACGAAGAGCGACAUGGGCGUGUUCCUUGCGCGGCGGGGCGACGAGUGA